AUGGUGCAGAUCAUACCAGUGCUGGCGUUGGCGGUUGCGCAGCUUCUCCGAAGCGCUGUGGCGCUGCCAGCAGACGAUGCACAGCAUGUUCUGCUUGAUCCUCAGGGACACUCUGCGAAAGACGUUUAUGCAGUCAAGGAUGAGUUGAAGAAGGCCGAGAUCAUACCCACCGUCAUCGAUGACUUCCUGCCAUCUCUACUCGUCAGCGCAGAAUGGCCUUCAAGAAAGCAUGCCGAGCUAGGAAACACCAUCAAGCCCAAGAAGCUACAGGACGAGCCAACCAUCACCCUCACCCGGCCCAAAUCCACAGCAGGGGCCUGCAGCUCGAUCGCCAAUAUCACGUACACAGUCACGCUGACCGAUCCCGACGCCCCCUCCCGCGACGACCCGAAAUGGUCUGAGAUGUGCCACUGGAUCGCGACCGAACUUGCAAUCUCAGACGAUGCAGACUCGUCCUGCUCCUCGUCGCUCAGGCUGUCCUUGACGGGUCUCGAUGAACUCAUGCCCUACUACCCGCCAGGCCCACCUGAGAAGACAGGGAAGCACAGAUAUGUGCUGUUCGUCUUUGCGCCCGCCAACGGGACGACGGACCCGCUCGACCUGAAGAAGCCCGAGGACCGCCGACACUGGGGGUAUGAGUACGACGCCGCAAACUUCGUAUACUCUCAGAACAAGAAGCAGUGA